AUGAGCGAGAAUCCAGCAGGAAUGAGCGACAAUCCAGAAUCAUCAUCGAUCGAAAAUGGUGUAUUGAGUGCCCGAGAUGAGGAAACGAGAAAAUUGGAGAAGACACUGAAAUCAUAUCGAAAGUUUUGCGCCGAAAAGGAGACCAGGAAAACGCUUUUAAAAGAUGCGGCAUUUUUGAAGAUGUUGACACAAUGUAUGACAGACAAUCGACCCUCCGUUAUGAAAUAUCUGAUUCAGAUUCUUUUGCUGUUGACGGAAAAGAAAGAAGAUGCAACCUUUCUCGGAACAGUUGAAGGAUUGGUGAAAGCGAUUGGAUUGGCUCAAGAAGGACCAUUUACACCAAAUGAUUAC